AACUUUCUAUUUUCUUAGAUUUGAUGAUAAAGUAGCCUACUUUCUAUAUAUUAUAAUUAUCAAAUUUUAUACAAAGUGACAAGACACUGUACCAAGUGACAAGACACAGAUGGAGUGAAGCAUUUUCUUUUUGAUAUCGUCUAUUAUUUGGAUUUGUAAUAUCAAGUGAAGAAGGUUUAGCCAAAGGUAUAUUUGGGUUGCUAUAUAAUGGGAAACUUGCUACGAGUAUUACACUGUAAGGAUGAAGCUUAUGAUGAGAUAUUUCUUGAUUUUGAAGAUGCCAGACCAAGCGAACAUGAAAAGGAAGUCUAUACUCAAGUGUCUCAUGUGUUAUCAUUUGCACCAGGAAUAAUCAAGGAAUUGGAAUCUUAUAAAGGAGCCGGUGGUCCCAUACGAGAAGCGAUACAAAAUCCAUCAUCUGAUGAGAAACAGAAAGAAGCAUGGGAUGCUAUUAUACCCUUAGUUCAUCAGUUAAAAAGAUUUUUCGAGUUUUCACUCAAUUUAGAAAAAUGUAUUCAAGAGUUACUACGGGCAUUAACAAGCAACGACCAAUCAACAACACAACACUUGGAAACGAAACAAGCACUCGCAAAACAAUUUGCAGAAAUUCUUCAAUAUACACUGAAAUUUGACGAUUUAAAAAUGAACAAUCCAGCUAUUCAGAACGAUUUUUCAUACUUUCGAAGGAUAGUCUCACGAAGGGGAAUGAAUUCUUCAUCAACAGCGAUAGAUUACAAUGAAGGACAGUUUAUAUCAACAGAACUCGCAAAUAAAAUGUCACUUUUUUAUGCUGAGGCAACUCCAAUGCUGAAGACAUUAAGUGAUGCUACAACAAAAUUUGUAUCAGAGAAUAUGGAAGUCGACAAUGAAAGAACUUCUGAGGUUUUAAGUACAAUGGGAAACAUUUGCAAAGUCAUGUUGGAAAAUCCAGCACACAUGGAACGGUUUCAGAUGGGUGAAGACACUGUUCAUUUUUGUCUUCGUGUUAUGGUCGGUGUUAUUAUAUUAUAUGAUCAUGUUCAUCCAUCUGGAGCAUUCUGUAAAGGAUCGAAAAUUGAUAUCAAAGGUGUCAUCAGAGUAUUGAAAGAACAACAUCAAGGACCCAUGAUUGAUAAUCUUCUCAACGCAUUACGUUAUACAACUAAGCAUCUUAACGAUGACACAACACCGAAGGCCAUACGAGUAUCCAUGCAACCAAAUUCAUAGUGUAAAAGAUAAUUUUGUCUUGAAUUGAACAAUUGGAAGAAUGUUGCAACUAACUUUAUGUGCCUCGAGCUGUGCCUGGUAUUGCAUAGUUCAGCAUUAUUCAACUUGGGCCGCAAUAUUAUUCUGCGUACCGGAUAGUUUUUAUUAUCCUUGGUUCAGGAACGAUCAGCCUCAAUCAAAAAUUUUUUCAUUUGAUGAUCCUUUGACAAGUUUUUCAAGCCUUCGAGAGAUUAGCUUUUCAGCGCAAUUAUGCCUCUUGCCAUUCAGUGUUGCCGUUCUGGUGACGACACUUCACAGCUAUGAAGAAAUUGAAACAUUGAACCCUGUGACAUAUCGUCUGAAUGCCUUAAUGCUAGAUUUUUAGACUUUUUAACGAUUAUUUGAGGGGUAUUUAAAAAAGAUUUUUGUGGAAAAUAUUAGAAUACUUAUACCGGACUGUACUUCUGUACACGUCUUAAUUUCUAAGGAAGUCUUCACUUGAUAUCAAGUGUUAAUUUUAUAGACAGGGUGAUACAUUAAUAUAAAAUAAUAAUUAAUUUGUAUUAAGAAGCUUUUCAAAAUUCUGAUAUUCUUAUAAUUACUUGCCCGUUUCUGUGUUGAAAACACAGUUGUAGUAUCAAUCAGUUAUUUGCUAUUAUCCAGAUAAAAUUUUAUUGCUUCAGUAAUUGAUUUGUUGUGAAAAUUAUAUUUCUAAUGGCGAUUUAAUUACAAAUUCCAUUUUAUUUGCAAUCAGUAUAAUCGGGAUCGUGAAAUUGCAUUUAAAUUCGGAUAUAUAUUUAUUCGAUAGGUGGAUAGAUUUCCAAUGCGACACACAUUAAUCUGCUGUGCUUCUUAGUUUAAGGCUGGGCAUUUGAAUCGAAUAGUGUAAUAUUCGACUCGUCUCCGACAGAAAUUUCGAAUCGCCGCUAUACUGUUUUUUGACAUACGACUCUUUUCCAUUUUGUGAGGUAUUGAUGAAACAUGUUUCUUGUUGUGUGCGAAUGCUCAGCAAACUGUCUGAAGGAUGUUUCCAGUAAUUUAUGUACUUGGACCCAUCACAAUGAAUAAGUCACAUACGUUUGAACAUAUUUCAAAUAUUCAAGAUUCAAAAAAAUAUUCAAUUCGAUUCGAAAAAUUUUCAGGUACUUGAAAAUGCCCAGUCCUGCUUCUUACCCUAACGCCAACACUUCAUUAGCUGCAUAUUGCUUCAAACGCCCCUUUCUUUCAAUUAUUUUGUAAACGACCAGAAUCCAUUCACAAAUUCAGUGUUAGUUUUUCAUUGGAAAAUAUAUCUAGUUCAAACAAGAUCUAUGGUAGUAUAUAGUCUUCUGUACCUUACUUACACAGCAACUAACAAAAUCGCUUGCUUGCUCAGUGUAGGGAUUUCACACAGAGUUUUAUUAUCUCAACCAUAUUCAAAUUUUAAGAUUAAAAAUAUAGUUCAUUUUGUGGAAAAACGCUUUUGCCAUUAAAGUUUGACAUAUCAUUUUUCUGCAAUGCAUGGUUUACCAUACAAUUUUAUUAUAAGAGAACAUUUUUACAAAUAUAUCUAAUUAUGAUUUGCUCUAUAUUUGAUCAUCUUAAUGUAAAUUAGGAUAAUUAUUAACCUUAAAUAAUUAAAUAAUAAUUAAGCUUAUCCCUCUGAUUCUUUGGUAUGUUAAAUUUCAAUGUUUUGCCAGGAUCCAUGAAAUAAUCAUUUUCUCAUGCUUUUUAUAACAAUUCUCUGUUACACUGUACUCUUGCAUAAAAUUUCGAGGACAAAAAACGACUACUUUUGAAAAACUGUUUUAUUUUUUGCCCUAUUGCCUAGUGUUUUUAUUCGUUUUUUAAACAUCGUUUGUCAUGACGUUGGGCAAAUACCAAACCUAUCAACCUGUUGGUUCUAGCCAAUGAAAUUAGUUUUUUCUUUUAUUUUGGGGUAUAAAUUAAAUAAAUGUGAGAUGAGAUAGUUGUUUACAUUUAAUUUGUUUUAUUUAUUGAUGAAUUUUUCAUUUACUCAGUUCUGCUUGCGUUUACAUUUUUUCUACUACUCAAGAGAUUUUUUUUUCUUUGUCUCAAUAUUUUAUCAAAUAAAAACAUUUUUUGAUAUUAUUAUUGUGCAUACUUCGGUUUUUUGCACAUUUAGUAAUUAUAAUAAGUGCUUCUUUUAUCAUCUAUUCAGAUUUUUGGGUUUUGUCAAAACUGCUGUCCUGACUAUGUACUCGCACCAAAAAAAAAGAUAUUUGCCAUACUGUUUCAUUGCAGACGCUGUUCGCUUUAUUGAAUUUACGCCAUGUAUUGCAUACCAGCCGCAUAUAAUUACUAUCACUGUUACACGGAGCAUAAUAUAUUUCAUUUUUUAAGAUGCAAUGUGUAGCCCAAGUUAAUAUCUUCUGCAGUUGGAAUUAUAACUUAGUAAUAUGAGGUUUUACCGGUUUAGUGUUUGCUGGGAUAUUUUAAUUUUGUUGCCAUGUGUCUGUCCAGUUUUUUGAAUCAUGAUGCGUACUUUUUGCUAGCUGUUAUUUUUGAUUUGUCGUACCAGUUUACUAUCAUGUUAUUAUUUUUGCUUUAAAAUUUCAAAUACACAAGAGAGAAAAUA